CCCUCCUCCUCAGUGAGAGACCAAAGAAAAAGCCGAAGCACACAGAGAGAGAAAGGGAGAGAUUCUCCUAGUAGUGUGGCAUUGAAGCUUGAAGAGCAAUGUAUCCUACCGGUCAGCAGAUAUCGUUUCAGAACACCCCUUUUUCUGCUCAAGACCCAUCAACGAUGAUGCUUAUGGAUCCAAUGGAAACAACUUCACCAGCUUCAAGAGAUGAAACCCAGAACGGAGGAGGGAUAUCUCAGGCCGAGUUUGCUAUUUUCAACUCCAAGAGGCUUCAGUCUGAUCUUGAAGCCAUGGGCAGCAAACUCAAACAGCACGAGGAUAAUCUCAACUUUCUCAAGUCCCAGAAGAACAAACUUGAUGAAUCAAUCAUCGAUUUGCAAGUUCACAUGAGCAAACUUCAUUCAGCGGAUACUCCUGGAACCGUAAAUCAUCAGGGUGAAGAUAUCAAUGAACAGAUCCUUCGUCACGAGAAUUCAGCUGCUGGAGUUUUAUGCCUGGUUCAGUCUCGUCAUGGCACGCAGGCUUCACAGUUGAUGACGAUAAAAGGUGUUGUUGGAGUUGUAGCGAAACUCGGGAAAGUCAAUGAUGAAAAGCUGAGCCAGGUUAUGGCGGAUUAUUUAGGGACUCGCUCGAUGUUGGCACUUGUAUGCAAGGAUUACGACGGUGUUAAGGGUUUAGAGAUUUAUGACAACCAAGGCAACGUUGAUAGAAAUGCUGGCCUUCACGGGCUUGGCUCUUCCAUUGGUAGAACCAUUGAAGACCCUUUUGACGCCAUCUGCCUUGAAAGCCUGAGACCGUAUCCUGGCCGGCACAUAGCUGAUGAUCCGCAAAGAAGGCUUGAUCUUCUGAAACCAAAACUGCCUAACGGCGAGCAUCCUCAUGGGUUUCUCGGUUUUGCUGUGAACAUGAUACACAUCGAUCCAGCUUACUUGCUCUGUGUCACGCCAUAUGGGUAUGGUCUUCGUGAGACCUUGUUCUACAGUGUCUUCUCUCGCCUUCAAGUUUACAGAACAAGGGUUGAUAUGAUGAAUGCACUUCCUCUCAUAAGCGAUGGUGCUAUAUCUUUGGAUGGAGGAAUCAUGAGAACAGGCGGGAUCUUCACACUUGGAAGCCGUGAUGCGGUGAGCGUGAGGUUUGCAAAGCCAGCUGCUUCACGCGCUAUGGACAAUUAUAGUGAGGCGGAGAGGCAAAUGAAAGAGCUGAAAUGGAAGAAGGAUAAAAUGAUAGAUGACAUAAAGCGAGAGCAAGUGCUCCGUGACCAUGUCACGUACCAAUUUUCCAAGAAGAAAGAAGAGUUUGUUAAAUUCUUGGCUGAGAGCUCAUCCACCAAUCAGGAUAUGAUAUCACCCAGAUGAUAAGAGAGCAAGUAAAGAAGCAUGGAUCUUUGAGUAACAGUAGUGACCUGUGCUUCUAAAGGAACCCUAUUUUGACUUAGAACUUGCUUUUAAUAAAUCGCAUCCUGUUUUAGUUGAAUGUUUUUCCUGGAAGGCUUGGUUUAGACCGGUUAGCUUUUGGUUAUGUGUAUCUAGACUUAAUUUGUUUUGGUUUUGACUUAGCCGUGUACAUUUGAUGGAUAAUUUGUUCUCUAACCUCGUCGAGGCUUUCUAAUAUAUAUAAUAAUCUUUCUAUGUACAAUAAAGAAAACUAUACACAGAACCAUCAAGUGGAACCAGAAGCAACCUUGAAAAAAGAUUUUUGCCAAAACCUGGGAAUUAUACCGAAAGAUGGAUCAUAGCUUAUUCUCUCAGGUCUCAAUCAAAUCCCUAAGAUCCACCUGCUUCUUCUCCUUGCUCCAUCACAUUGGCUUCUUCAACAACAUCGUUAUCCAAUGCCUUUCCCUCGUCUAGUUUUGGAGGGAUUAAUGAAGCAAUGCUGAUUUGUGUACUUCUCUUCUUGGCUUCUGCUUCUUCCAACUCUUUAGCCUUUGCCUCCGCUUUCAAUCUCUCUUUCUCAUCCAUAAGUUUCUGCAGAUCAUCCUCUCUUCCUCCUUUCCUCAGCUCUUCUUUCACAAACUCCUGCACUUCCUCGCUCACCCUGACCGUUUCGUCGUCCAGCAUCUCGUCCACAAUCUUAAGCAUCUCGUCGAGUCUCCCAGCUUCACUCAACGCCCUCAUGAUGAACUUGUAAGCCUCGUCGUCCAUCUUGAGCUUGCUCACCAUCAUAUCGAAGAAGGACUUUGCCUCGUCGAGUCUCCCGGAUUUAACCAACUGAUCUUGCAACCGGUUAUACACAGCCAAGUUUGGUCUUAGACUCGACUCAACCAUCGUUUUGUAAUACGCAGCUCCUUCGUCUAUCUUACCUUCCUUGAAACAAGUAUCCAUCAACAAACCAUAUGUGUACUCAUCAGGCUUCACCUUCUUCUCCUCCAUUUCACCGUAAAGCUUCUCGGCCUCGGCCAACUGUGCGUUGUCACACAGCUGAUUCAUCAGAUUGUUGAACGAUAAAGUAUCAGGACUACAGCGAAACUCACCCAUUUGCCUAAAAACCUCCAUAGCUUCCCCAAACCUUCCUUCUGCGCAAUACCCAUUAACAACCACAUUGAAACUUCCCAAAUUCAAAGCCAAAAGCUUUGGUGGAUUGUGUUCCUUUUUCAUCGCAUCAAACAACUUCAAAGCCUCGUCGAACUUCCCGUUCUCGCUCAAAGCCUCCAGCACGUAAUUAUAAGCCAUAGCGCUCAUCUUAACCUUUGAGUUCUCUCCGAUAGCUUCUUCAUAACACUCCAUGGCUUCUUUCUCCAUCUCUUUCAUGAAAUAUCCUUUCAUCAAUUGCCCAUAAACCACACCAUCUUCAACAAACCCACCAAGCUUCUCCUUCAGCUCCUCAUAAAGCUUGAAAACACCAUCGGCAUCAGAACUCUUCACACACCCAAUCAUCAGAUAGCUGUAAACAACAGGGUCUGCAACAAAACCUCUAACGCCCAUAUCUUCCUUAAUCUCCAUAGCCUUCUCGAGAUUGUCAUUAUCAACUAAACCCUUAACCAGAAUCCUAAACGUAGCAAUAGAAGGAUUCAUCGGCGCACCAUCUAUGAACAGCUUGUAAUGUUCCAGAGCAACUUCGGGUUUUCUAACAUCAAGAUAAGCCUGGAAAAUCAAGUUGUAUGUGAUGAUAUUAGGGGCGAUACCAGCUUGAUUGAUGAAGCCAUGUAAUUGCAGAAGUGCCCCGUAUUUGCCUUGCCGGAGCUGCGCCGCCAAAACGGCGUUCACGGUGAAAAUCGUCGGACGGCAAUUCGAGUACACAGAGUGACGAGUGUACAGAGCGGCUUCUUCCAGAUCGUUCUCGCGGAUCAAUUUCAGGAUAUGGUUGUGGAGAUCGAGGCGUUUCCCGGUGAGAGCCGACACUGAUUCUGGCAACUUCGGGACAUUUGGGUUCUGGAUAGGCCUAGAGAUAUGAGGUUGCUGCUGUUGUUGCGGGGAUCUGUUAAAUGAAUUAAGCGGAGGCUCCAUGCGAAGACGACGCUUACGACGGCGACGUUCCGCGGCGGCCUCUUCCUGCGUCGCGAAAGACAUGUACCGGACGGCGAAAAAUGGCGGCGGAACACGAGGGCGGUAGGCUCUCGCGAUUGUUUGCAGGUGGUUCAAAAAGGCGGCUUUAGAAAUCGACAUGGUUGAAAUGUUCGUUCUGGAGAUUUCUCAGUGGGAGUGGAAAAAAUGUUUCUUUGAGAGAAAAUGGGAGAUAGGGUUCUACUUGUUAGGGUUUUAGAAGAGUUUUGGGGUUUGGCGACGAUGAAGUUGUG